AUGGGUUUGAAUAGCCAGUUCCGGGACUUGGGUAUCUCCGAGACGUUUGAAGCAUACAGAGAUCAUGUAAAUACUGAGGUGCUUGAUAAACAUGCACACAACAUCAAGACUGAUGAGCUAUCGCUAACUAAAGCCAAGACCAGCAAGGACAAAGCAAAUAGAGCUACCGUGGAAAAUGUGCUAGAUCCUAGAACUAUGCGUUUCCUGCAUGCCCUCACCAGUCGAGGUGUAAUAUCGGAAAUGAAUGGUUGCCUCAGUACGGGUAAAGAAGCUAACGUAUACCAUGCAUUUUCAGGUUAUGGCAACGGAGACGACCAGAGUAGACGUGAGCUAGCCAUCAAAAUAUAUAAAACAUCGAUUUUGGUUUUUAAGGACCGGGAGCGAUACGUGGAUGGUGAAUUUCGGUUUAGAAACUCGAGAUCCCAACAUAACCCCAGAAAAAUGAUUAAGAUUUGGGCUGAAAAGGAAUUUCGAAACCUCAAGCGGAUCCACCAGAGUAAGGUGAUACCUGCUCCAGAGCCCAUAGAGGUAAAGUCUAACGUUUUGGUUAUGGAGUUUUUGAACAGAGGCGACGGUUUCGCGUCACCAAGAGUUAAAGACUAUCCAUUCAAAGAUGGAGAGGAGAUAACAUUUUAUUACUGUACUAUGGUAGCCUAUAUUCGAUUAUUGUAUCAGAACUGCCAACUUGUGCAUGCUGAUCUCUCAGAAUACAAUGCCAUCAUCCACGAAAAGAAGCUCUACAUCAUUGACGUGUCUCAAAGUGUGCAGCCGGAGCACCCAAUGAGUCUGGAUUUUCUGAGAAUGGAUAUCAAAAAUAUCAACAGCUAUUUUGAACGUAUGGCGAUUGACAUUUUCCCCGAACGAAUCAUCUUCCAGUUUGUAAUUUCAGAAACUCUGGACAAAUUUGGCGGUGAUUAUAACUCUGUGGAUGAUCUAGUGGAGUAUGUUGCAAAAACUCUACCGAUCAAAUGCACACCUGAGGAUGAGGCUGAGGAUGGUGUUUUCAGGUCACUGCAUUUGGUGAGAAACCUGGGCGGUUUGGAAGAGCGGGAUUUUGACCGCUUCACACUUGGCAAAUUUGACCUCUUGAAAAGUCUCAUAAGUAGUGACAACAAAAAGAAUGCUAAGAAUUUCACAGCUGCGGAACAGUUCGAAAUUUCUUCCUCUAGUGGCGAAGAGGAUAGCGCCUCCGAUAGUGAAGGAGGUGACGUCAGCGAUAGUGAUGAGGACAGUGGGAUUGAGGAAGAGAGUGAUUCGGACGAUUCUGAAAAAAGCUAUUACGAGAAGACGAAAGAGUUGAAAGGUAAAAAACACGAAGAUAAGGACUCCAAGAAACAGCGGAAAGAAGAGGCGAAAGAGUCCAAACGUGAAAGAAGAAAGACCAAAGUGAAAAAGCACGUCAAGAAAAAACUGGUCAAGAAAACGAAAUCCAAGAAGUAG